AUGGUUCUGGACGAGAACAAGUUAACAAUAAAUACAACAGGCUCAUUGGUAACGAAAGGAAUUCCAGGAUUAACAACAAUGUUCAGUUCAGAUUAUCCUGUUACAAGCUUCAAGAACAAAUGGAAAGGUAUAGAAGUUGAACCAGGAGGUACUUUAAAUAUAGCAUAUUCAGUUAUAAGACAAGGAGACAUAUGUGUACAAGGAACCAGUGGAGACAUGGAUAUAAAUUUUGGCACUUUCUAUUCAUGUAAUACUGCAUUAAGAGUCAGUGAAGGCAUUAAUUUAACUGUAACAAAAGAAGAAUUUAUUCCGGAAACAACAUUCAAAAUCCGAAACUCAGAAUUCAUCUACAAUCAAUAUGGAAUACAGUUUCAAGGAACGACAGAAAAACCAUCACUCUUCAUACAAAAAUGUAAUAUAAGUUUAAGUUCUGGAUAUGGGAUACAGAUUGGUAAUUGGUUCAACAGAGCAUUAAAUGAUGUUUUAUCACGCCUUUAUAUAGACAUGUCUUCUAUUGAACGUAACUCCAAUCAUGGUAUAUAUUCAGGUUCAGCGCGCCGUGCUAGUAUUUUCGUUAAUAACACCAUCAUUAAAGGCCAUACUGGAUCAAUUGGAAUUUAUUCCUAUCGAUGGUUUGCAAGCCCUUACACAGAAAAUAUCACUAUUAUGAACUCCGAGUUAUCGAACAAUAGAUUACAAUCGGUUUAUAUGAACUGUUAUAGGUGUUACUAUUCCGUCCUUUAUUCCGUCCUUACGAUUAUCAACACAACAUUUGAAAGUAACUUUGAUAGAUCAUCUGUUGAGGUAUAUUAUUCAGGGGAGGUAAGCAUCAAUAUAAUUGGCAACAGUUUCCAUAACUGUCGUGGCAACUAUCCAGUAAUAGGACUCAGUAAAGUAGGACACCAAUCAGAUUUGAAGGUAUUUGAUAAUACAUUCAGGAACUCGUAUGCUAUAGUAUCCGUUAAUGGACCUGACAGUAUUAUGCCGAUCAAUAUCCAAGGAAAUGUAUUUAUGAACAACACCCAAGUGUCAAGUAAUAGCAAAGCUUCCCUUAUAACAAUAUCUAAUGCUAGAUUGAAUUUUACCAGAAAUACUGUGCAAAGUUGCUUGAUGCAUUCUCUUGUAGACCUUAAAGAUGGAGUUGAACACAUUUUCUCUCAAAAUAAAUUUAUUGACAACCUUUUAACGCCAUGUUACAUCAAGGUUGAAAGUAUAUUCAACAGAACUCAUGCAAUUUCAGCCAACUAUAAUUUUUGGGGUCGCACAGACGCAGAUACUAUCAAGUCAAAGAUUUGUGACUUUUUUGUUGACUCGAGAGCAGCGCUGGUAACUGUAGAACAGUUUUACAUAGACAUCACGAUGCUUUCAACACUGAACAUAUCGAAUGCUUUUGAAUUAAUUCAACAAUCAGACGAAAAUGUAUACAUAGUUGAAGGUAUUUUUGAUAGUUCAGUUCCCCUGCUUUUGCCAGAAGACAGUAUAUUUAUUGUUAAAAGAAGUAUACUAAUCGCAGAAAAUGGAGAUGUACAGAUAUCCAAAGCAUCCUUUAAUUUCAGUCAGGAUAGAGGAAUAAGGAGUUAUGGAAAGUUAGAAAUUACAAAUUCUGAACUACAGGGCCGAGACUUUAAAUGGACUGGGCUUCACAUAUACAAGAAAGGAUUAAACCUUCAGAAUGUUACACUAAGAGAUGUAAAAAUGUGUAUAGAAGUUUUGGAAAGUUGUGAUGUCAACAUAGAUAGUAUAACAGUUUGGAAUACAGAUAAUUUUCUCGUAGCUGAUGAAUUUAUAGGAGAGCUAGAUAUAUACUUCAGAAAUAGUAACAUUACUGUCAACAACGAAAUGCUUAAAGUUGAAUUCAGAAAAUCUAAUAGUAUUGUCAUAAGAGAUGAUAGCAGCAUCUUUUCCAGUAAUAUUGGAAAAAUCUUUGAGAUUUCGGAGCUACAAACACAAGAUAGGAUCACUAAUAUAUCAUUUGAUUUAUUUGGAAGUAAUCUGAAUUCAUAUGGGACAAAUAGCUAUUAUCAAAUUAACAUUAAUUCUUGUUCUGGGUAUUUGAAUUCACUAAUAAGAAAUUCUUCAUUUUACUGUACCUAUGCCAAUUCAAAGAACGUUUAUAUUCGAACCCAAGCUAUUAAUAUUAACGUUACACAAAACAUGUUUAGAAUGGCAGAAAAAUCUAUAGAUUUUCAAUUGACUUGCAGCAAGAGUUCAAAAUUAAGUACGGAUUUAGAAAGAAAUAUCAAUAUGUUUCAUAAUUCAUUUAAUGCUUUGAGCUCAGGCUAUGAUGUAUAUGUAUAUGAAUGGUACUAUCAUGUUCAAACACAUUUCUUUCAUGUGUAUGAUAAUGUUUUUACACACAGUCCUUUGGCUAUAAAUCGGUAUGGUAUGUAUUUGAACCUGUAUAGUUCAUAUGCUCAUCAUUUGUUUGAGAUAAAAGGCAACUAUUUUACAUCAGUAAAGAAGUAUUCUGUUUAUAUAUAUGGAAAUGUAGGUGUAACUUUCAUCUCGGAGAAUACGUUUCACCAAGGCACAGACUGUGUGAAAAUAGAUGUACAUAAUUCUGAUUUAAAUUUGACAAUAUCUGAUAAUUUGUUUGUUGAAAAUGUUGGAUCAACUGCCGUUUUAAAUUUGUUACAACCAAAUGCAAAUGUUCCUCCUAUUUUACUUCUUGGGAAUAUUUUUCAAAACAAUCUUAACACCAUAUUACUGUUCAGAUCACCAAAUAUAUUCAUUUUCCAUAACAUUUUUGAGAAUCCUAAUGCUACACUCAAUAUCAAGAUAAACUCAGCCGCUCAUUAUCAAAAUGAAAUAGUUAAUGCUUCUCUGAAUUAUUGGGGAACGACUGAUGUGAAGGAAAUCGGUCAAAAGAUUUAUGACAAGAAUUAUGAUGACACACUCAUUGAUGUUUUGUUCAGACCAUAUCUUGGAUCAAACAAUUUCUCUGAUAUCCAAAAUGAAGAACCACCAUUCAUCAGCAGUACUGGAGAAGUUGGGGGUCGUGUAAAUGGUGAACUUACACUGACAGUUGACAGAAGUCCAUAUACAGUGACAGCUAACAUCGAAGUAGGAGAAUUUGAUACUCUUACUUUAGAUCCUGGUGUAACAUUAUUAUUCAAUAAAGAUUUUGGAAUUAAUGUUGUGGGUACCUUGAUGGUAAAUGGAAGCUAUGAAAUGCCAGUCAUGAUGUUGGAAACAGUUUACGGAGAAGCAUGGCGUGGAAUAGACAUAAACACUGUAGAAGGAAUUUACCCAACCUCCUUAUGUUAUUUACAUGUAAAUGGGACUCUAGAAGGCAUUGUAUUGAAAAGAAAUUAUGCUGAAAUGAAAAAUAUUUCAUCAACCUUUUCUAAAGGACAUGGAUUUACAAUCAACCUGCAGCAAACAAGUGGAAAUGUAUCUUGUUCAAUAUUUGAGGAAUUUACGGCAGCGAAUAAUAAGAAAAAUGGAUUUCAAAUAAGUUCAGCAGACAAAACAACUGUAUCAAAAAUACUUAUCUCAAAAUGUAAUGUGUACCAGAAUGAUGAAAGUGGAUUCAGCGUACAUGCUAAUAUAGAAACGGUAAUCGAAGACUGCCUAAUCAAAGAAAAUAAGCAACGUGGUGUGUAUGUAGAGCAGUCUAAAGGUGGAGAUAUUUUUAUAAAGUCAUCAACGUUACAUAGAAAUGCAUUGUAUGCUCUAGAGGUUCUUGCAACAAACAAAAUUGUACUAGAAUCCUGUAUUGUGACAGAAAACAGUCAAACUAACUAUUAUUCAUAUGGUGCAUGUAAAAUAACACAAGGACAAUUACCUAUCUUAGGAUUUAAUGUAACUUUCCUGAACAACACAUUUUCAUACAACCAGAAAUAUGGAAUUGAUUUAGCUCAAACCUAUUAUACUUCUGGAAAUUUAACUUUUAACAUGAAGUUCAAUAGGUUUAGUUUUGAAAGACGCGUUCUUUAUUUUUAUCGUAGUACUUACUAUAAGUAUGCUGCAAAAAUAGACAUUAGUCAUAAUAUCUUCAACAACAACAAGGAAACAUCUGAAACAUUGAUUAACCUUAUCCUUAGAGAUGAAGAUUCAGUAGAACUAGUAGAGAACACUUUUAUUAAUAACACUGCAACAAAUAUUUUAUCAAUUUCUGUCAAUCCAUAUUCUGCAUAUACUUUGUCAAAAAAUGAGAUUAGAAUUUUUGAGAAUAUAUUCAAGGAUAAUACUUUAACAGACUCUUGUCUAAAUCUUAAAUCCUACCAUGUUGUAUCAGUGAGUAGAAAUACAUUCAUGAAUCGUCAAACCACUGGUAUGUGUGAACUGCAAGCCCCUGUUUUUGACGAGGCAUACUCAAUCAAUGCCACACAUAAUUAUUGGGGAAGCAGUAGUUUGGUGGAUGUAUUAAAGGUAGUGUGUGGUUUUGACAGAUCAAUGGAAAAAAGUUAUGUGUAUUAUAUGCCGUUCUCCACUAGUGAAGAAAAUAAUGACUUUGUAGCCUAUGCUCAAGAUGAUUUUGAUGUACAGAAUGUCUUAGGUGGAGAAAUCACAGGAACGUUUACUAUUGAAUACACGAAGGAGCCAAAGAUAAUUAGCCGCUCUUUAUUUGUAAGGACAAAUGCCUCAUUGAAUAUAGCAAAUGGAAUAAAGAUGCACUUUGAUGAGAAACGUGGGAUAUAUAUACAAGGUAAUCUAAAUAUUGUAGCUGGAGAAAGUGAAUCUUUGUUUACAAAUGGAUCAGAUUCAAGUCAUUGGUAUGGUAUUGUCUUUUCUUCAAAAGAUACUGGCCAACUGAUACUCCGUGAUGCUUACAUCAGCAAUACUGAUAUUGGAAUACAGUCAAAAGAUAAAUUUCUAGAUUUGAAAAACAUCACCAUCAACAACAGUCUUGGUACAUGCUUGUCGAUGCUUUCAGGUGCCGAAGGCAAAUUUGACUUUCAUGGAAGUUUGUUUCAAAACUGUGUACACCAUGGUCUUUUUCUAUCAAAAUAUAUAAAUGCUUCAUUUACUGGACUAAAUAUAUCAUCUUCAUAUGAGGGAAUACAACUUAUAACUGAUCAAACUGGACAUUUAACUGUGCAUAAUAUUGGGAUAAAGAAUUCUUCACUGUUUGCAGUCCAUGUAGAAUUUAGACACCGUACUAAUGCAGGAAAUAUUACGAUACAUGACAUGAAAGUAACCAAUUCCCAGACAGGUUUUCACCUUAUAGUGGAUAAUUACUACUCUCAUAACAGCAUACAAAUAAGGGACAACUCCUUUAAUAAUAUCUCAAGGAAUGCCAUGGAAAUCAACGUACCUCAUUACCGAAGAAAUUACUAUACCAGUCAAAACGAAGCACAGAGGUUUGUUGAUAUUGGAUACAACAAAUUUACUGAAACCUGUGGAGUUACCUUGAAUACUUGGGACAGUGUUAAUAUUAGUUUCCAUGACAAUGAUUUCAAAGGAAGUUCAUGUCCAACAAUUGAUAAAUGUUUCUUCAGUAUUUUUGCAGAUGGAUUCCGUGACAUAUCGUACCAUGUGUUUGACAUAUUUACGAACAAAUUUAUGGGAAUAGAUGGUUAUUGCGUUAUAGAGUUAAAAAGCCACAGUCAUUUUGUAAACCCUAAGGGAACAGUGCAGUUCAAUAAUCUCAUCCUUAAUAAAGUAUCUCGUGGUGUAGUGGUUCUAGAUACGUCAUACUUUAACAUUUCUCAGAACAUCUUUGACAACCAUGGUUCUACAUUUGAUUUCUAUACUACUGGUUCUGGAGAUGCAACUAUUAAUGCAACAAAGAAUUGGUUUGGUAACAUGACACUGUCACUGGUUUAUGAUAGAAUUUAUGACAGAAGACAAGACCCAAGUUUAAUGUCUGUGACCGUUGCACCAUUAUUAUUAGAAUGGAUAUUAGAUUGUUCUCUGGUAAACAACUGCAGCAAUCAAGGACAAUGUGUUAGCCCAAACAGAUGCAGGUGUUUUCCAGGUUGGAAAGGAAAUAACUGCACUGAAUAUGACUGUUCCGAUGUGAAUAAUUGUUAUGGUAAUGGACGAUGUGUUGGACCAAACAAAUGUGAUUGCCAUUCAGGCUGGGAAGGUGAAACAUGUAUUAUAGCUUCUUGUAUCGAUGUUAAGAAUUGUAGUGAGCAUGGCAUAUGUCUGAGGCCAGGAGUGUGCAAAUGUGCAUCAACGUUUACUGGUAAAGACUGUAGUCAGUGUGUUCCAUUACACUGGGGACCUUUCUGUAGCCAAUGUCCAGAUUGUCAACAUGGUACUUGUAACCUUACAACAGGUAUGUGUGAUUGUGUUGGUGUCAACUGGUUAGGCGACUUGUGUGACAAGUGCAGUGAGACUUUCUAUGGUCCAGAUUGUCUCCCCUUAAUAAUGGCUUUACAAGUAGUACCCAACCAAGGAUCAGACAAAGGAGGUACAGAGGUUCAUGUAUGGGGACACAAUUUUCCGGACUUGGUAGGGCAUAUAUACUUUUGUAAAUUUGGUUCAGAGAGAGUCAAUGGAACGUGGAAGGCUUGGAACCAUGUCACGUGUAGUGCACCACAGCACGAAGAAGGAAGUGUAUUCCUUGAAGUAUCACCUAAUGGUACAGAUUUUACAAAUAAUAAGAUAAUAUUUACAUAUUAUGCAACAUGCCCACAAGGAGCCUGUGGACGCCACCUAGAUCCUCCUAGAGGUCAGUGUUUGUUUGGUGGGUGUUCUUGUAAUUUGCCAUGGACUGGAAAUGAAUGUACAAUAGAACUGUUAGCUCCAAAGAUAAUGCCACCAGAAGAAUCUCAGUAUAUUGGAGAAGGAACAAAAUAUCAGUAUAGCCCGAACUUGACUCAGGGCAACUUACCUGUAAGAUGGGAACUUAAUCAAUAUCCCGUUGGUAUGACUAUUGAUGACAGAACGGGUCAGGUUGAAUGGGAUUUUACAAUAUCAACUCUGACACACCAUAUGAUCACUGCUACGGUUACCAAUAUUAUAGGAACCGAUGUUGUGUCAUGGCAGUUAUUAGUAUCUGUUUCCUACUCAGCAUUCGUUACAAAAAUAGAACCAGAGGGAAUAUUACCAAUACCUACCACAGUAACAAUAAUGGGAAAGGUGACUUUCAAAAAUUUAGUUCAACCAACCGUUGUUCCAGUUGAUGUAAGAGUAAUCAGCUCAUACAGUAAAAGAAUUACAGUUCUGCCAGCGCUGACUGACCCAUUAUCUCCCAGUAGUUUUUCUGUCACAUAUUAUCCUUAUUCAGAUGAUGUAGGAAUGAUAUCAGCAGUUGCUAGUCAUCCAGUGGAACCAUCAGGAAAUGGAGCAUUUAAUUGGACAGUACUUGGAAUCAGAUGUAGUCCACAUUUUGUAAAAUGGAAUGCUGUAAUAGAAAAUAGCACUGUUGUAUUCAAAAAUAUAACAUCCUUAGUAAAUGUAGGAGAUCAACCUAUUUUCAAUAUAUCCAGUCGUGUAGAUGGAAUCCCUGGAACCUACUUCCAGUCACCUAAGAUGUCAAGUACUGUCAAAAAAAUAUUCUUGGAUUCUCUUGAAGCCUUUGAAACUUUUACAUUUGAUUUUAUUGUGACAGAAGCCCGACCACUAAAUGGACGAAUUUAUAUCAUAUUUUCAACUCUAGAAGGAACAGAAACAAGGCUUCAAGUAAACAUGCAAUUCUCAGUACGUAAACCACUGCUUGUCUUCGCACCUACUUCAAUAAGAGAAAACAUUGUUCGAGGAACUCAGAAAAUACUAGAUGUUGAGGUUCACAAUGAUGGGGAAGUAGCUGCUAAGAAUGUCAUAGUAUCUCUUCCAAAUGACAACAGACUAUCCCUGGUUUCGUUUGCAACAGUCGACAGGCUAAACAGCAAUGAAAACAAUAAUGGGAUCACAAUAGGUCCAAAUGAAAAAGCCAUGAUGUCUUUAGUUGUCACAAUUGGUUUGAAUGAUGGAUUGGGGGAGAUGAGAGGUACCAUAGUUUUGAACACAGAUCUAACAGGAGCAUCACUAUCCUACAUAUUUUAUAUCACGUCAUUAUCAAAGUUGAAUCUGACUAUUACAGUUAAAGAUGAGUAUACUUACUUUGCGUCUGGUGCACCGCUGGUGAGUGGAGCUGAAGUUCGAUUAAUCAAUCCAAGGAGACAAUAUUCAGAGAAAAGAUACACAACAAAUGAAACAGGAUUUGUAAUGUUUGAAGAUAUACACGAAGACCAGUAUACUCUUAACGCACAAGCAGGGGGUCAUAGUUCAUAUUCAGCUGUAAUCAUAGUAUCACCUGACAGUGAUAUACAGGAAGUGUUCUUGCAACGGAUAGCUGUAAAAUAUAGAUGGACAGUAACACCAACUACAGUCCACGAUAAAUAUGUCAUUGGAAUCUACUUUUGAAACUCUUGUCCCAAUGCCAGUAGUUACAGUAGACCCUGCAAAGGUGAAUACUAUUCCAUAUGAAUUGGGUGAAGAAGAUACAAUGGAGUUUACUAUAACUAAUCACGGGUUGAUCAGAGCCGAUGAUGUCAGAUUUGCUUUGCC